AAAUGAAAAAUACAUUUCGAUCCUAACCAAAUUUUAGUUCUUGUCAAUCUACUAUCGAUUGAAACCAUACGUUGAAUACAUGAAACAUGUGUGACUCACACAGAAGUGGAACAUUUGCUUUGAAACAGCACAAAAUGGCCAAAUAAUUGUACUAAUCAAACUUGAGCUUAGCUGUCAUCAACUGGCCUGCGAGAGCGGUUCAUAUAUCGUGAAAUAGUAGCACUAAUUCCUCUUUCAUAGCACUGCAGACGAUAUACUUAUCAUAAAGAUGUUUAUUUUUGUUGUAGUAAUGUAAAUCGUUUGCAUUUUCGUACGUCUCGGAGUUCGCAGAUGACCUUUGACCUUGUGUGAUGAAUCAGAGUGAAAAUCAAUAAGCAGUUGUGACGGGAAUUAAGCCGCACGUUCUCCAAGAAAUCAAGUUGACUAAAGGAACAACGACAAUUCUAACAAUCGGGGACAAUGUCAACUGUUCGUACUCGGAACGGAAUGACCAAAGGAGAACAAUCCAAUAGACAGGAUGUCCUAGCGCAUGGAUUCCACGGAUACAAAGAGGGUUAUGAACAGCUUGAGAAGAUUGGGUUGAUGAAGCGGGCCAAGACAUUAUGGAACAUGACUGUUGUCCCUUUAUUUCUGAUGCUCUUCACUCCAAACCUCGUGCUCAUCAUGUGGUACACAGCCACUUACUGCGGAGGAAGCUAUUCCGUUUUCUUCAGUCGAUUUUCAGGAAAACCGUUCUUUUCAUCUUUGAUGGAAAUUUGGGCCACCAUGAGACCACCAAGCCAGUUCAGCAUUGGUGUGUUUUUGGGAUUCCUGAUAUGGUCUGCAAUUAUGAUGAUGCUCCUUCCAGGAAAAAUCAUCAAAGGUCCUUUGACCCCGAAAGGCAACAUACCAGUUUAUGUUGAUAAUGGUUUCCUGAACUACGUCGUUACUAUGACAACCUUUUUCAUCAUCACUAUUUUGCUGAAGAUGCAGGGCCUCACGCCAACUGUGAUAUUCGAUCGAUUUGAUGAAUUCAUAGCUACUCUCCAAAUAUUCAGUCCAUUAUUUUGUAUGUUUCUUUAUCUGAAGGGUCGAUAUUGGCCCUCUACUACGGAUAAUGGAGUCUCUGGAAAUUUCAUAUUUGACUUUUACUGGGGAACCGAACUGUAUCCGCGAGUCUUUGGUAUUGACGUUAAAGUUUUCACCAACUGUCGUUUUGGGAUGACCGUUUGGGCAUUGCUCGUGUGCAUUCAUGGUUUGAAAAGUUUUGAAUUGUAUGGUUUUGUAGACAGUAUGUUCGUAUCAGUUGCAUUGCAGUUGAUCUACAUCACCAAAUUCUUUUGGUGGGAGGGGGGAUAUAUGAGCACCAUCGAUAUAAUGGUUGACAGGGCUGGCUAUUACAUAUGUUGGGGCUGCCUCGUGUUCGUGCCAAACUUUUACGCGUCAGUAAGCAUGUAUCUCGUGAAUCAUCCCGUUCGUUUGGGAGUCACGUGGUCACUUCUAAUUCUUUUGGCGGGAAUUCUAUGUAUAGCAGUGAACUACCUCGCAGAUCUACAGAAACAAGAAGUAAGAGGAACUGGAGGAGAAUGCCUAGUCUGGGGAAAGAAACCAAACAUCAUUCGUGCCAAAUAUCAACUCGAAAACGGCAAAGAGAAAGAAAGCAUUCUAUUAGCUUCAGGCUGGUGGGGUCUAGCCAGACAUUUCAACUAUUUAGCAGAGAUUAUGCUCGCUUUUUGCUGGACUAUUCCAGCCAUGUUUGUAAACGUCAUGCCCUAUUCUUACGUCAUAUUUCUUACAUUCUUGUUGAUUCAUCGCAGUUACCGUGAUGACGACAAAUGCGGGGAUAAGUACGGAAGUUUCUGGAUAGAAUACUGCCAAAAAGUCCCUCACAGAAUCGUCCCUCUUCUGUUUUGAUGGUGUUUGUUUUGUAUCCUGCAUGCGAAAUUUUGCAUAAUAUAAAAACUUGACUCAAUAAAUUGGAAAUGAGUUUUUAUAAACUUUAGCUUAGUACUUCACAAAUGAGAUUGCUCAUACAGUGUAUUGUUUGUGUUCUUAUGUAAUAGUUGCCUGUUAUUUAUUUAGCACAUUUUAUAACAAUUUUAAGAAAAAUAAUAGUAUUGCUGAAGU